AUGAAUAAUACCAGCGCAGUUUACAGUCCAGACCAAACACGGUGCUCCUCUAGUGUGUCCGAAACAGUAACGGUUGUUCUUUCAACGGUCAGUUUGCUGGCGUUAAUGGGGAAUUCUCUUGUCAUCCUAACAUUUAUUAAGUCUGUUAGCCUUAAAAACAGCUCUAACUACUACAUCGUUAACAUGGCGGCUUCUGAUCUGGUUUGUGUUCUCCUUAACUGGCCGCUCUAUGCUACUGAAGGGAUGUUAAAACCUGGCGGAAGUCUAAUUACAAACUCAGCUUUCGCUACAAUUUGCUGCAAAAUGGGAAUUUAUUCACGAUCAGUGUCGUAUGUGGUUUCCAUUCUAAGCUUAAUGCUCGUCGCUGUGGACAGAUUUAUUGUAACCGCGUUUCCACUAAAGGCUUUAAACAUAUCUCAAAAGCCUCGCAUAUUCUUUCUGCUUAUAAGUUGGUUGUUGCCAGCGAUUUCCCUAGUACCGUACCUGUUCUAUACGAAAAUCGUUGAAAUAGAGAACCAAACGUUUUGUAGAAACCUGACGAGUGUAUAUUUGCUGAGGAUAUAUUACGCCGUGGGUUUUGUCUUAUUCUACUGUGCUCCGCUUAUUUCAAUUCUCAUCUUGUAUCCUCGUACCAUGAAACAUUUACGGACAUCUAGAGUAAAGGUUGACAACGGAGGAGGGAGAACUGCUCUUGCUUCAAAAAGACUGAAACAAAGCCGGAACAUCAUGAGUAUCUUUGGAUCAAUCGUUCUGACAUUUUUUAUUUGCUGGACACCAUAUUAUGUUUAUUUGUUCCUGAAAUCCUUUUAUCCUUCGAUAUUUCUGAAGGAUAAAUGUCUCUUUCUUGUUGGUUUAUUUUAUUAUUUAUUUCCUAUUCUUAGUACAGUAACAAACCCCUUCAUUCUUAUGCUUUUUAGUACAAGCUAUCGUGAGGCCAUAAAAAGCUUA